CUUCCUCUGGGGCGAUCUGAUUUCUCCAGGAGAGUGGUUAAGGCACGUUGAGGAGAAAUCGUCCUCCGUGGAGCAGGGACACAACCUCUCCACCAGCAGCAGGGGCUGUGCCGAGCGGGCAGCUCGGGUGCCUGGGCACGCACGGAGCUGUUUGCUUUGAGGAGAAAGAGUGAUUAGCUUGUUCAUCCGUCCUGGGAAAGCAUCAUCUGGCAACAAAGAGCAAAGGGAACAAGUUUGCAGGGCAGCAGAGGGACCUCUGGGACCAGCACUGAGGAGUGAGCAAGGCCACCGGCUGCCAGCUGAGCUCCAGUCCUCAGUGGAGUCCUUGCAAGGUGACAAGAGCAGCGAGGAGGGAGUGCCAGUGCAGCAGCCACCUCCACGUGACCUCCCGUCCAGGGUCCCACUGCAGAGACCUGGCAGGAGCCAGGCAGCUCCGUCGGACCCGGCCAAAAGUCACGCAGGCACAAGAGCAGCCAGGCAGCAGCGGCAGCCUCAGCCCCCACAGCCCCAUGUCGUGGGGCACGGGGCAGCACCUGCCCCCUGGGCUCCCCAGGGCCACACUGCGGAAAUCAGCAUCGAUGUACACUGAAAUACAACGGGAGCGACCAGAUGGUGGGAAUAUCCUGACUCACCCAGAUUACAUAGAUGAAAACCCAGACCUCAUCAAACCUAAAAAGCUCCUAAAUCCUGUAAAAGCCUCAAAGAGCCAUCAAGAGCUGCACAGAGAGCUGCUGAUGAACCACAAAAGAGGUUUGGGCGUGAACAGCAAGCCAGAGCUGCAGCGGGUGCUUGAGCACCGAAGGCGAGACCUGCUCAUCAAACAGAAAAAGGAAGAGGAAGAGGCAAAGAAAUUGCAGUCUCCUUUUGAAAAAGAGCUAUUAAAGAGGCACCAGAGGCUGGAUCAGCUGGAGAAAGAGCAGGAGAAGCAGGAAGACCACGAACCAGAAUUCAUUAAAGUCAAGGAAAACCUGAGAAGAACAUCAACAGUGACAGGGGAUGAGAAAGCAGCGUAGCUUCUGCCAAAACUCAACAGGGAUCCUACCAAGGCCAGUGCUAACACACACCUGCUGACAUCUCUGUACAUGGUGCACAUUCACAGCCACAUCAUCGGGGCUACUUACGGUUAUUAACACUUGCUCCAGUAGAAGGCACAGAAAAGGUUUUCCCAGCCCAGGAGGGAAUCACUGUGGAAAAAGUGCAGUAUUCACUGAAGAAGUACUCACACAAGUGGAUGCAGAGAUAAUGAUAUUUUCCCCCCCAGACCAUGGGUGCACUCUAACCACCAGCUAACUCUUGUUAAACUCUAGGGACACAGUGAAUAUUUAAGCCAGGGAAGUCUGUGGAGGUUUGGGGGACCCCUGCUUCUUCCUGGAGGCAGGCUGGCCAGGCACAAGGUGACAAGAGGGCAGCUGCAGCUGCGGAGAACCUCCUGGAAACCUGGCAAGGUAACUAAAAGGGACAACCUGUGUAUUACUGAAUACAACCUAGAUGACCACAAUGGCUUUCCCAAGGGUCACUGGUAUUGCACCAGUGUGUGUCAAGCCUGGCUGAGGCUGUGUGUCCCAGCAGCACACCUGUGCUAUUAGAAAAACCAACCUCUGUAUGCCCAUACCAGUGCAGCACAGGCAGAUGCCACUGUUCUUCACAAGCACCUUUAAACUGCAUUUCAACCCUGUUUCAAAGUGGCUAUUUAGGCAGUUCCACGCUGAGGCAGAAAAUACAUUGGACUGUUCCAUCAACACCCCAAGUGGGAGGUAAAUGCUCUGUGCAGAAAGCAAAAGCUGGGUGUUUCCAGCGUGGCUGUCCAUGGAAGCAUGCAGUGACUGAGCAGAAGAUCCCUGAGGAUGUAGCAGACAGACAAACUGCUUCUUACCCCUGGACUACUGAGCUUCAGCCACUCACCCAGCAGCCGAGAUAGAGGGGAACAUAGGUCCUGAUGCAAAACUAUUUUUCAGUGCUUCUAAUCCCCUUUUCCAGAGGUCAGAGCUGCCUCAUUGCAGUUGCCACCUUGCAAAGCUGAAACUCUUCUUGUUCCUGGUAUAGUCAAGCUGAGGUGGAUGGUGCAUUUGCACCAUGUACAGACAGAGCCUGACACACUUAUGGUGGAUACCCCUCGUGCCCUGGGGUAUCCAUAUCCAGAGCUAAAACUGUGCUUUCAGGAAUAUCUCAGCUUCUUGCUUCUCACAUCAGCCCUGAUACAAAGCCUGAACAGCAAAACUCACUGACUGCCUUUGGACACUGGCCCUUGAAUGGUCUCAGUGGACCUUGUCAGCUGGGAAGGUAAUACCUGGUUAAACAACAUCUACUAUCCAUGUCUUCAGUGGAUCCAUACAUAAAUCAAGGGAAACUGGGCAUUUAUCAUAUAUUUAUUAAAAAGUUGAUAAUCCAUUCCCUAGUCUCCCUGGUCCAGUGGGAUGUUUCAUUUCAGAGGGCUGUUUCAUUUCAGAGGGCUGUUGCUCAGCCUGACAGCCUGGGUGAAACAUCUGAGCCACAUCACAUGUCAAGAGCAGUGAUACAGGUAUGGAGUUUCUGUGACAGACUGGACUAUAAAAGCCCUUAACUCAGCUUCAGUCCUUGAGCACCCCAUGUCAAGGCACUGUCUCUGCUGUAGUUUUUAAGCCCCUUGCUCAUAUGCUUAUUCUAAACAUGAUUUUGUUUCAGAAAUCCAGUGCAUAUUGUCACUGUGGCUCACACAAGACCUGAAGGGCUUUAUUACGUCCUUUCCAACUGUGAAGCUUUUCAUAUAGGUGAUGAUUAAAACCAUAAGGAAGAAGCAGCAUCAACUAUUUUUUCAGGGGGAAAAAAAAAGUCAAUUUUCUCCAAGGAUAAUAAGGUGUUAGUAAGGAUGCUUGUACAUAGCUGUAAAGAACGCUGCACGAUACUCCAUAGAGAACAUCAGUGUAAGCAGCAAGCCAGAAUUACUGUGCUGGAGUUUUUUGGGGAGUUAUGGCACAGAUUAAGUAACCUUGAUCAAAGAGCUCAAAAAAAAUUCAGCAAAUUAAUUUGUAAUUUUGCCACAGAUGGAAAUGCACUCCAGGAGAGGCAAUCUGUCACUCCAUAUGCACCAGUGAAAUCAGUGUUAUCAGCUCACCCGGGCUGGGACAGGGGUAUUUAUGCAAGUCCUUGGGUGGGAGCCAUCCAGUAAGGUCAGCAAUGAAAAGGAUGAAAGUAUUUUUUCAGUUGCUUUUCUUAAGCAUGUAAAUAUUACCUGGAGGCGGAGGGGAUAAAUCAAGGUGCCUCCCUUUGAUGUGGUGUCCACCAAGCACAGAGUGGGGCUGCACACAGCAUGAUCCAUGGUGGCUAAGGGGUGUCUAGGUCAUUUCCAGCAGGUGUCCAGAAGGGAAAGGGAAGGCCAGGUCAGACUGUCCUAACUCAGGCUGAGCAAGCAGAACCACAAGAAAACCUUCCAGCAGUGGAGAGACAGCAGAAAGCCCUGACCCAGCUGCCCACCAGGACCCCAUACUGUGGGGUAUCUUUGUGUCUCUAUUGCUUUUACAUUCAUUUCUCCCUAUGUCCCUAAAACACACUCCUGAAUAAACAUGGUGUAUUCAGAAGAUCAUAUAAUCAGAGUAUUGAUGGAAGACAAUUUUUUGCACUGUGUAUGUUGCUUAUGUGGUAUAUAGUCUAUAUUCUGUGUUGAUGUUUAUACAUUUAUAUGAAACUAUACAUUUAUAUGUCUUGCACCUCUACUGAAUUAACUCACUAUUUAAUGUGGACAAAUCUGAAGAAAUAAACUAAACAAUGGUUGUA